GAAAGAGCUAUGCUGGAGCUUUCCGCAACAACUUUGGAUGUGAUGAGAAGGAGCAUCCCUCGAAGAAUGGCAAUCCAUUGUUGAAACAUCUCUACUCCAGAAUCGAUUUUCAUCACAUCAUCAUCAUCAUCACUAUCAUUAUUGCCACUCGUUAUAAUCACUGGUAAUCUACUCUAACACUCGUUUGAACCACCCUCACUUCUUUAACUGCAAUUCAAAUGGCGAUGGAGACAGAGCGCAGCCUCUGGUUCGUUCCCGUCUACUUGACCAUCCUUCCUAUGUCCAGAUUUCCCUUGCUCCAAAGGACAUACCCCACGACUUUCUUCCCCCCCAAUAAUGACGAAACCCCCGAAACCCUCUUUCGAGACGGCGUAUUCACCGACCAAGGACAUAUGCGCUGGGUCCAUCGCGACAACCCGUCCGCAAUUCUUUACUGCGUCAGUGGUUGCUAUAGUCCCGAAAAUAAUCAGUAUGGGGCCUCGGCUUUCGUCUACGGUCCGCAGAUCAUAGGCUACCCCGGCAGUGGCAUGUUCUGCCUGGAUACGCGAAUACGCGGGCCUAUGGAGCAGUUGGCCCCGCAGACUGAGGAAAGAGCGCACCUUCAGGCGGCGGUGUCGGCUCUGACGUUUGCGCGCUCAGUGGAGCCGACACCACGUAUCCGGACGCUUGUGAUUGCCACGCACCGCGAUCACCUUGCCCAUGGCGCCGCCAUUUACACGCCUCAGUGGGUGGCUGACCAUUGGAGAGGAGAAAACGGGGAGCGUGUUGCCAACUGCGAUAUCUGGCUGGAAUUGCUGGCGGAGGUGGAAGGCCUUGCGCAGCGCGGGAUAGAUGUCCAGUUCUGGCGCCUCUCGAGCAUCGGGGGACGCAUGGGUAGUGCCAGGUUGGCGGCGGAGGCUGCU